UUCCCUCCCCCAUGGACAACGAAUCGAAGCCAAUGAGGCCGUCCGUCCACCCACGCCAAAUCUCCUCGGAAGCUAAAAUAGCCAGUGGCAAAGGGGCCAAGACAGCUCCAGUUCCCUUGGCGACGGCAACGUCUCUCGCUCUUUAUACGCAACCCGAUAAGCACGGGGCAUCCCCAUUGCUCCCGAGCAACAACGUAAAGCAACAACCUGCAGCCAGUGGAAACCCUGCUCCAACUCAAGUUCCGGCAGAAGAGCCUGGUCAUCCAGCAGGCGUGCGUCAGUCGGAGGCUGGUCCUACGGAUGGAGCCAAACAGAACGCGGGCCCUGCUACCCAAGCUUCGGCCACAACAGCGCAAAGUCGAGCUCGGCGCCGCCGCCGAAAGAAGCCCUCUUCGCUUAACUCGAGGACGGGUACGGAAGUACAACCCGUUUCAACUUCGCGCCGAAAGAAGGAGCUUCGUUCCAAACGCAGCAAAUCGAAGGCAACCUCCGCCGAAGCUAGUGUCGCUGCUAGCGAAAGGCGACAGCCUGGCGGAGUUUCACCACUCACCACCGCAGACGCUCACAGCAAGGCGGGAAAACAAUCGGCAGCAACACGAACCGGCCAAGACUUACAAACUGCGGACGUUGGUGGUGACGACGAAGACCAGCAGAAGGACGGAAGUUUUGAUACGAGGCAGAAUGGCCGGUCUCGAGAGCCAGUAAGCCACGCAGAUAUCCCGUGUGAUGCCGCCAAAACAGGCACUGUCGGUGCCGAACUAAUGACUGUAGAAGUGCCCCAAAGCCAAACAGAGUGCGUAGCUUGCGGUAGAACGGAGAGUGACAAGGCCAGCAAAUCUCGCGGCACAGUGAAGGUGUGCUCGCCCGACUUGGCGGCACAGCCAUGUUACGGCAAGUGGAGACGUGGCAGUGAAGCAGCAAAAACGUCUGGCACGACGCCUGGUGCCAACGAGGGAACUGCCUCCGAGUGCCACGGCAAGAGGAGGUUGUCUACUACGUACUCUUACACUACGCUCCAGGAGCUGGCGACUUCGCUAAAGACCUACACGACACCGGGGCGAAUGGUCCCGCUCAGCCAGCGGUCGAACAACAACGAGGCGAAGUACCUGCCGUUCCUGCUCCUGUUCGCGUUCGUGUUCGUGUCCGUCGUGGCACUCCUCUUGUGGUUCAUGGGCAACAGGAUCGAGCACGCCGCCCACGGCGUCUGCAUGUCAGCCGCGUGCGCCGAACUGGCGGCGGCAUUCGACGGCGUGCUCAACUACAGCGUAGACCCAUGCGACGACUUGGACGCGUUCGUCUGCCCGAAGGGUUCGCGCCGCGGUUACGGAGCCAGAAGCGGAGGCCGAGGUGCGCAGAGCGUCGUCGAGCAGGUCAUCCGGGACUACGAGCUGCAGAUGGCCAAGCUGUUCGUGGACGGCGACACCGCUUUCACGGCGUCCGCAAUGGUGGCCGAGUUCUUGCGGGAGUGCAGCUACGGCCGCUACGAGACUCCGCCGUCCGUCGAAAGCUUCCGCGAGUUUUUCGCGCACGUGUCGGUGCCGUGGCCUUUCGACCCGCCAGGUGGCAGCAGCAACAGCAGCAGCGCGGAAGAGGCGCAUCCCUUGGAGGCCGUCCUGAAACUCACUCUCAAGUGGGGCGUCGACACCUGGUUCCACGCCUACGUCCACACGGUCGGCCGCGGUCGAUUGUCCGCCAACUACAGCCGCUUGCCGGCACUGUUCGUCGAGACCGGUGCGCAGGCUUCGUCGUGGCUCAACUUCGUUCGGACUCUUCAUUUCAUCAACAGCCGCGAGAAGUACUACAGGUUGUUUUACGCGCACUACAAUGCCACCCCGCCGGACUCUGAAAACAUCGCGAGAGAGCUGGCCGUCGAGAAAGACGUACUCACUGCCUUGGACGCCGCGCGAUCGCCCGGACCCGCCCCCAGGGCCGUUGUAAGCUCCAUCGCCGCGAUCGCGGAUGCCGUUGCCAACACCACGUUGGAAAACUGGCUCAACCCGGUCGUCGACGCGCCCGGGGGCCGUUCCGUGGACUCCAGUACGAUGGCAGCCGUGCAAGACGUGCGCGUCCUGCGUGCCGUCCAGUAUCUGACGAACACUUUCACCGCGGCGGCUCUGAUGCAGCACCUGUCCUGGUGGCUGGUGCAGAUUCUCACCGUGAUCGGCUGGCCCCAGGGGUACGUCGUCAUUGCUGGAAGUCAAGAGGCCGCUCGGAGCGAUUUGAAGCUGGAGUGCUAUCGAAUAAUGGCCGACAGGUUUGGUCUGCUGAUGGCUGCGGAAAGCGCAGUCAAGCUCUUCAGCCGUAAGGCGCAGCAAGAGGUGACGCAUUUCUUCACGGACAUCAUCAGUCUCCUUGCAAGCGCCGCCGCUAAGGCGCCGUGGAUGAGCGACGAAGGCAAACGACGUGCCGCCAGACUUCUGCAGGACCUCGAGGUUGUCACGUGGCCGCCUGAGGGGGACGAAUCCAAUACUACGCUUUCGGCCUUGUACGCGGGCUUCUGCAACAUGUGCAUUGAAAAUGCCGAGUCUAAAGGCAGCACGGUGGAGGCGCCGUCGACGAACUCUACUGUGCGUCCCCUGCUCAUGGACUACUGGUGGCAGGUCAGCAGGAAGUUCUGGCACUUGUCCCCCGAACAGCGCGAACGCAUGCAGUGGCUGUGGCAGGAGCAUCAGUUCGAGGUGCUCCGCUACGAGCCGUGGAACAACCGCCUGCGCGUCUCGCACGCUGCCCUGAACAGCCUGCUUUAUCACCCUGAAAGCAGCGCCCGUCGCACGGCCAACUUCGGCGGCCUCGGAGCGGCCUUCGUGUUAAACGUGCUGCAGAUGUUCGAGCGACCGGCGGCGGACUUCAACACCGACGUCGUUACGCCCUCGUCCGACAUUACGGACAUGUUUCGGCGGGCCCACCACCUCAACUGCAGCGACGAAUUCGUGGCGAACGUGCGGGACGUCUUCGCCAUGGGACUCGCCUGGCAGGCGCUCAAGGCGGAGGAGAAGGCCGCCGACAAAGAGCGCCACGGGCGACAUUGGAGACACGGAUCGAUGAUUGCCAUCAAGGACGAGAACCGCGUGGAGCACCUGUACGGCGAAGACCAGCUGUUCUUUUUAACCUACUGUCGGAGCAGGUGUGUUUUCAGCGUUGUUUACGCAGAGGAUCUUUGCCAGCGGACGAUGCGCCGUGAGUGUGUGGGCCGCCAUGAGCAGAGAAGACUCGGUCCACUGAUCCUCAUCGACGGCAAGUUCACGGCUUCGGCCUACUGUUCACUCAUUGAGCGGAAAUUGCUUCUAUAUCUUCUGGAUGGCCCCUUCAAGGAUGGAUUCUGCCUGUUUCAGCAAGACAGGAGCCCUAUCCAUACUGCUCGCAGUGUGAAAUCCUUGCUUGAUGACUAUGCAGUUCGCACGCUGGAGUGGCCACCUGGCGGAGCGGACCUUAAUUCCAUAGAAAAUAUCUGGGGUCUCAUCAAACGCCGACUUGCGUCGCGGAACCUCGGAAGUGUGACAAAAGACACCCUGUGGACUGCAGUGCGUGAGGAGUGGGAUGUGCUUCGUGCACGCCCAGAGCUCAUGGCCGCACUGUACAAAUCGGUGCCACUCCGUGUGGCGCAAGUGAUUGCCGCAGAUGGGAAUCUCACCAAGUAUUGA